AUGUCUGAAAAAGAAAGAAAGAAAACAAACUCUGCAGCUCCACCCACUCACCUCGUCUCCUCCACUAAAUGUGAUGAAAAUAUCUGGGGGAAGCGUCACAUCCACGCCUUCCCCAUAUUGAGCCACUAUAAAACAUUUAAUGCAACAACCCUUCACUCCUGCUCUUCCUCCAGACGAGUCCUCAAGCAAACGUCCAACAUGCCUGCUGACUACAACGGAUCCUGGGACAUGAUCAGCAGCGACAACUUUGAUGGUUAUAUGGUCGCACUUGGCAUUGACUUUCCAACACGCAAGGUCGCCUCUUUGCUGAAGCCUCGGAAGGUGAUCAAGCAAGAUGGAGAUUGUUUCAUGUUCCAAACCGUCUCCACUUUGAAAACCUACGAGUGCUCGUUCAAAAUUGGAGAGGAGUUCGAUGAGGUGACCAAAGGAAUGGACAACCGCUUGUGCAAGAGUGUGGUCACCUGGGAUAAUGAUAAGCUGGUGUGUGUUCAGAAAGGAGAAAAGGAAAACAGGGGCUGGACUCACUGGAUCCAGGGAGACGAGCUUCAUCUGGAGCUCAAAUGUGAAGGCCAAGUGUGCAAACAAAUUUAUAAAAAGGUCCAGUGAUCCUGCGUUUUUACGACCAAUCAACACUACUUGUUUGGUGCUUCUAUCAAAUGAGCUGAGAAAAUUCUGCGCCAGCUGUCAUGCCUACUAAUAAAAAGAGGAAAAGUUUCUUGUCUUUAUUUAUUUUUUCAAAAUUCAAUAAGUAUAUUGCUUC